AUCAAAACAUUCUCCUGCAAAACUGAUUACGGGAAAAUUACCCACACUUCAAAAAAUCCAACACAUAUCAAAAAGAGUAUCAAAAUAUUCCAUUUGUUUUUAUUAUUUUUAUUAUGUAAAUGUUUCUUAGUAGCUGUUAACUCAUGAAUCUUGCAGCCAAUGGAGCUGAUCCUGCGGGAGAACUUCUUUUUUCCAAUUUUAACCAGGAUAAAACGUCUCUUGCUGUUGGAUCUCGAUUUGGAUAUAAAUUAUUCUCUCUAAACACCAUUGAAAGACUAGAAGAAAUUCAUGAAUAUGAUAAGGGAGAUGUGUGCAUAGUUGAGCGACUUUUUUCCAGUAGCCUGGUAGCUAUUGUUAAUUUGUCUGCACCAAGAAAAUUAAAAGUUUGUCAUUUCAAGAAAGGAACUGAAAUAUGCAACUACAGUUACCCAAAUACAAUACUUGCUGUUCGUUUGAACAGAAUGAGGCUUCUGGUGGUUUUAGAAGAAAGCUUGUAUAUACAUAAUAUUAGAGAUAUGAAGGUUCUUCAUACGAUACGUGAUACUCCACCAAAUUCUAAUGGUUUGUGUGCUUUAUCUGAUAAUUCUGAAAAUUGUUAUGUUGCUUAUCCUGGUAACAGUCAGAUUGGAGAAGUUCAAAUAUUCGAUGGAGUCAAUCUGCGUGCUGUUACGAUGAUUGCUGCACAUGACACUCCAGUGGCAGCAAUAACAUUCAACACCAAUGCUACUCUUCUUGCUACAGCUUCUGAAAAGGGAACUGUUAUUCGCGUUUUUUCUAUACCCGAAGGGAUUAAAUUAUUUGAAUUUCGAAGAGGAAUGAAAAGGUGUGCACAAAUCAACUCAUUAUCCUUCAGUCACGACUCUCUCUUUUUGGCUUCUUCAAGUAACACGGAAACUGUCCAUGUGUUUAAACUGGAAACUGAUACAGACAAAAAUAAUAAAGACGAAACGCAAAGUCAAUCUUGGAUGGGAUAUUUCGGCAAAGCAUUAAUGACACCAGCGAGUUAUCUUCCGUCACAAGUUACAGAAGUGUUUACUCAAGGAAGAGCAUUUGCUGUGGCUAAACUGCCGCGUGCCGGUGAACGGAAUGUUUGUGCACUUGCAGUUAUAAGCAAGUUACCAAGAAUUCUGGUGGCUAGUGCGGAUGGUUACUUGUAUAUAUAUAACCUGGAUCCCACUGACGGUCAGGAGUGCCCGCUGUUGAGACAAUUUCCGUUGAUACCCGACGAAGAUGAUACGUUAAAAUUACAGGAGGGUGAAAGAUUUUCUGCUGGCCUUGCAGUGUCGUCGCCUACGCGCACUCCAUCGCCUGGUACAAAUUCGCCGUUAAAAGCCACCGUCACAGACAAUGAGCAAAAUUUAAGACUUGUUGAUGACAAUGAAUAUCCGCCAUUAAAUGUGCUGAAUGAAUAACGGCGAGGGAGACCUGUAUCAAUUAAAUGCGGAGGAGAUUUGUGUCACUUCUGCGGAUAUAUAUCGAGAUGUUUUUGCAUUUUUGUUCGAAAAAUUUUCUGUAUCAGUUUCUAAUAGCAGGUUUAAAUGUCUUAAGAUGAAAGUCUAUUUUUCUAAUUAUCGUUACAAAAAAGAAGAAUAUGAACAGGUUGGGAACAGCUUGAAUAUCUUCCUUCACCUAAACCCUUACCAUUGUCUUCAACAUAGGAAGGACGUGAUUAGGGAAAUCCGCAAGUUAAAUGUUUAUAUAAUAUGCAAAUCUUAACUCGUGCAUGUUUUGCAGGAAAAUAUAUAAGACAAAUAAUGUAUUUUAUUGACUCGUAUAUUUUAUUGUUGUCAAUAAAUAUUUUUAAUUUA